AAAAAAAUCUCGACAAAAAAUUUGGUUACGAAAAUCAAAACACUGAUGGAAUUUUACUUGAAAAAUAAUUUAAAUUUUCUUUUAAAUAAUAAUGUUUCAUAACUAGUGAUAUAAUUUAUAUUAGAGAUCAAUUGUUAUUGAUUUCUUUUUGUGUGCGCAAUAAUGAAGUUUUACGGAAUAUUUGAACAGGGGAGCAAGAUUAAUCAAGUGAUAUGUGCCGUUUUGAUAAACCUCCCGGUGCUGUCAUACGGAGCCAGUACUGGCUGGAUGUCUCCUAUGACUCUUCUACUGCAGUCAGAAGAUUCACCAAAAGGCGUACCUCUUACAGAUUCUGAGAUAUCAUGGAUGGCUGCUGUGCCCUACUUGGUGUGUGUUCCAUUUGAUUUGAUAAUGGGCGUCAUGGGAGACAAACUCGGACGAAAGAUUUCCCUGAUUUUUAUAUCCUUAGUUAGUGCUGCUAGUUGGAUCUUAUUGCUUUCUUCCUUCAACAUUUGGUGUCUCAUCAUAGCGAGGGCGUUCGUCGGUAUAACCAUGGCUGGUUGUUAUGUCACUUGCACCACAUACACCAAGGAGAUCAGUGAUAAUAGCAUCAGAGGUGCCUUGGGAUGUUUGUUAAUAUUGUUUCAAACAACUGGAAAUCUCUUCAUGUACGUUAUUGGAGAUCUCUUGAGCUAUAAACUUAUCCUUUGGGUUUGUCUGACAAUACCGACCGUGCACGUAGUAGUGUUUCUCUUUAUGCCGGAGUCUCCUUCUUACCUUGUUAAGAAAGGAAGGGUUGAGGAUGCAAGUAAAGCCUUGGCCUGGCUUCGAUGCGAAUCAGAAAAUGAUGCAAAGGUCCAGGAAGAAAUAGACAUUAUAAGAAAAGAACAGAGGAACGACGAAGCGAGCAAGUUUGCUCUCAAGACAAUGUUCACUGAUAAGAUCCUUAGGAGAGCUUUCCAAAUAGCCAUGGUAGCGACAAUAGCUAGAGAAGUGUGUGGAGCUGUACCAGUUCUGAACUUCGCUGGUGACAUCUUUAAAUUGGCAUCUAACGACACCGGUCUGGUGUUGAGUCCAAACCAACAGGCUAUGCUGCUUGGUGUCGUUCAAGUGGUAGGUUCGGCCCUCGCUUCAAGUAUCGUCGAAAAAUCAGGCAGAAAGCCUCUUCUUCUGUUGUCAUCUCUGGUGUCUGGUCUAAGUAUGUGCGCACUCGGUUCUUGGUUCCUAUUGCGUGACCUUGGAAUAGGUGCCCCAUCUUGGGUACCAUUAAUGACGUUGUGCCUUUGUAUCUUCUGUGAUUCAUCUGGCCUUCAGCCUAUCUCCAUUGUGCUAGCAGGGGAGAUAUUUUCUUUUAAGUAUCGAGGAAUUGUGAUGGCUAUCACAAUGUCUUGUGCUUCAUUUACUGACUUCCUUCAGCUGUUAUUCUUCAAGCCUCUAGCCACAGCAGUUGGCAUUCACGUGGCCUUCUACUUCUUCGGAGUCAUCUGCUUGCUCAUGUCUCUUUACGUCAUUCUAGUCAUCCCAGAAACUAAAGCUAGAUGCCUUGAAGAUAUUUACAAAGAUCUCCUCAAAAGCAAAAAAGUGAAAAAGAUCGAAGAGAACGAACUUACAAAAGUUUAAAGAAAGUUUCAUAAAUUUCCCAUAGUUGGGAAAAGUUCUGUUAUCCGUUAGUGAGGAGCUUGAAGUUCCUACCACUACACUUAUCUACUGUACAUAAUGUACGUUCGAUAUAUGCACAUUUAUUCACAAUGCUUUCCAAAGCCACCGCAGUAAUGAACAAAUACAAAUUUAUCACGUGGUAACCCAUUAGUGUUUGCCUGUAUUUAUAUGUGACCAGCGCUUAUUGGUUGAUAUCUGCAUACUUAAUUCAAUGUAACGUCAUGUUGAUAUGUUAUGUCCCUUGUGCCUGUAGUAAAUUGGAUCACUCACAAAAACACAGAAACACAACAAUAUUAAGUGUUGCUUUUUGUCGGUAGAACAUGUGACGAGUGUGUGACUGUGGUGGUACCCAGACGGGAUUGCACAAAGCCAAAGUAGUCUGGCGAACUUACCAUUUAUUGAUCGAUUUACAUUUAAUACAAGUCUGUAGAAUAAACCCACUUAAAUAAAGUAUAUUUGAUUG